AUGUCCUAUCACCCAGUGGAAGACACAGUAGUCAGGGAUCACAAGGAGGAAGCUGGUGACCCUUGCACAAUAAUAGACUCAAGAGACGGGUAUUGCUAUAUAAACACAGCAUCUGCAAUGGAAAACAUAACCCUGGGAACCAACUUUUCGGAAUGUAACUCAGGUGACAAUCCAUUUAGGAGAAGAUUGUUUCUGUUCUACUACCUGGGUGUCAUGAUCACUGCCAUCCCAUUAAACACCUUCUUCCUCUACGUGUCGUGGCAUCACAUCAGACAGAAGAACGAUCUUGGCGUGUAUAUGUUCAACUUGGCCCUGAGUGACCUGACCUUUACUGCUGGUCUUUUAUUGUGGCUGGACUUCCUGUGGAGAGGGGUUUGGAUCCAUGGAGGCUACCUGUGUCUGCUAUCAAUAUACUCUCUCUACACCAACUUUUACACCAGUGAGGCUCUACUCUGUUGCAUUGCUGUUAAUCGCUACUUGGCCGUGGUUCAUCCUUUAAAGUACGCAUCUUUGAGGAAGGUCAGCACUGCAGUGGUGGUCAGUAUUGCCAUCUUGGUAUUGGUGAUUUGCUUCAAUGCCACCACCAUCACCUGGGAGGACUCAUACUAUGAAAGCAAGGCAUUUUCAUUGUGUUUUGACAUCUUCAUUCCACUGUCAGAGAACCUGGUUCAUAGUAGCAUAGCACGCUUUUUUUUGGGAUUUCUUUUUCCAGUUAUUGUUGUCUUGUAUACCACCUGGGGGACUUGUCUGGCAGUUAAAUCCAACCAAGCCACUAAGGAAGAGGAACGUACACGUAUUUCAAAGCUACUGACAGUGGUUCUGGUUUCUCUUUUGUUCUGCUUUGGACCUAUCCAUGUCAUAAUGCUCAUUCGCAUACUGUUGACAGACUGCAAGACUUUCAAAUGGCUCCUCUAUAUCUACAAGAUCAGCACAGCUAUCACAAUCCUCAACAGUGUUAUAGACCCUCUGCUUUAUUGUUUUAUUACUAGAACAGGAAAGGCAAAUGUAAAACAGGUCAUUCAUUUCUUCCUGGGAAAGAAAACUAGCAGUGAAAGUAUUGUAGAAAGCAUUACAUAA